GGGGAGACAGGGGCUGCUCGGGGAUAGAUUGAGCGGGUCUGGGCUGGCUUCCUAGAGAGCCGCGGCGGCGCAUGCGCGGCGGCCGCGACCAUGGCGGGGGUGCUGAAGAAGACCACCGGUCUCGUGGGCCUGGCCGUGUGUGCGACCCCUCACGAGAGGCUGAGGAUAUUGUAUACCAAAAUUCUUGAUGCUCUUGAGCACAUCCCUCAAAAUGCAGCUUACCGAAAGUAUACCGAACAGAUUACAAAUGAAAAACUGCAGAUGGUGAAAGAGGAAAGAGAUGUACAAAAACUGGAAGACAGACUUCAGGGAGGCCAGAUUGAAGAGGUGAUUGAGCAGGCUGAAAGUGAAUUAAAUCUGGCCAGGAAGAUGUUGCAGUGGAAGCCCUGGGAGCCUUUAGUGGAAGAACCUCCUGCCAACCAGUGGAAGUGGCCAAUAUAAUCUAUGGUAUUACCUCGCAUUAUUGUGAAAUCACUUAAAUAAAUAUUUCCAUCAAAUAGUA